CUUCGGACUUCGACCGCAUCAGCUGUUCACACUGCUCUUUGGCUUGAACUCGGGAUGGCUGGCACAGAGGGUAGCAAUUUCUACAUCCCCAUGUCCAAUAGGACAGGGCUGGUGAGGGAUCCUUACCACUACGAGCAAUACUACCUGGCUGAACCAUGGAAAUUCAAGGCUCUGGGUUUUUAUAUGUUCCUUCUCAUCUGCAUUGGAUUCCCCAUCAAUGCCAUGACACUGGUGGUCACCGUCCUUCACAAAAAGCUACGACAGCCGCUCAACUUCAUUCUGGUCAACCUUGCUCUGGCUGGUUUGAUCAUGGUCUUAUUUGGAUUCACAGUGUCAUUCUACUCCUCAAUGGUUGGCUACUUUCCUUUUGGACCCUUGGGUUGUGCCAUUGAGGGUUUCAUGGCUACUCUUGGUGGUCAGGUGUCUCUGUGGUCACUUGUGGUGUUGGCUGUUGAGAGGUACAUUGUUGUCUGCAAGCCCAUGGGCAGUUUCAAGUUUGGUGCCAACCAUGCUGCAGCUGGAGUGGCAUUCACAUGGGUCAUGGCAUGCUCUUGUGCUGUUCCUCCUCUGGUUGGCUGGUCCAGGUACAUUCCUGAGGGUAUGCAGACAUCAUGCGGACCUGACUACUACACCCUGAACCCGGAAUACAACAACGAGUCUUAUGUCAUGUACAUGUUCAGCUGCCAUUUCUGUGUUCCUGUCACCACUAUCUUCUUCACGUAUGGAAACCUUGUCUGCACAGUCAAAGCAGCUGCAGCCCAACAGCAAGAUUCAGCCUCCACCCAGAAGGCAGAGAAGGAAGUGACACGCAUGUGCAUCCUCAUGGUCUUCGGCUUCCUGUUGGCAUGGGUGCCCUAUGCUAGCUUUGCUGCCUGGAUCUUCUUCAACAGGGGGGUAGCCUUCUCACCUCAAGCCAUGGCUGUCCCUGCCUUUUUCUCAAAGUCCUCAGCCUUGUUCAAUCCCUUCAUCUAUGUGCUGCUGAACAAACAGUUCCGUGGGUGCAUGAUGCAGACAGUCCUUGGCAAGGCCCCAGAGGAUGAGACGUCAGUGUCCACAAGCAAGACAGAAGUGUCCUCAGUGUCUCCUGCAUAGGCACACAUCCUUUUUGAAACAACUUUGCAGAUGUCAUUCAGACUUCGUGUUAUUGUCGACUCUUUAAUGGUCAUCUCCAAAAGUCUCAAAAGAAUUACAUUGUCAGAAGAAGUCACAAGAACAUUUGGAUUUGCUCAGUAUGUUUUGCAGUAAAAUUCUGGUAGAACUUGGUAGUGAUUGCAAAAUGUCCUGAUCAAAUUUGAACAAAUGUGUCUGUCUUCACUGUGUGUCCAUCAUUCAAUGCAUUCUUCAUCUCUUUCUCUUUUUAUCGGUUUUUCUUUUGCAUUAUUGCAGUUUCAGGCAAAGAAAUUAUUGUUCUUAGAAGGGAAUUCCUACUGACUGUUUUCUUCAGUAUAAAAUACAAAGUGCUGUUGGUUCAGUGUUUUCUUUGAUGAGCAACACAUAUUCUAUACUCUCUGGUGCUGUGCAAUCAACAAGGUUUGGAAAAAAAGAUUCAUACAUGAGAAUGACAUUUCAUAUUCAAGCACAAAAUAACUGAACAACCUGAGAAUGGGGAAAGGAUUGGAAUGGACCUCUUUGUGUCAUUAUGUUCUGUAAAUAUUUUAUAAAUAUUUAUGUUUUUAGGGUAAUAAAAGCAUUCGUAAUUCA